GCCUGGAUGAUUGCCUGCAGCAGUAUGUCCAUAAAUUUGAGCGGGAGAAGAUAAAUGGUGAACAGCUGUUACAGAUAUCUCACCAAGACCUUGAAGACUUGGGAAUCUCACGGAUUGGACACCAGGAACUGGUUCUAGAGGCUGUGGAUCUCCUGUGUGCACUGAACUAUGGCCUUGAAACAGACAAUAUGAAGAACCUGGUUCUCAAGUUGCGAGCAUCGUCCAACAAUCUGCAAAAUUACAUCAGCAGCCGUAGGAAAAGUUCAAAUUAUGAUGGAAAUACCUCUCGCAAGCCCCCCAAUGAAUUUCUUACUUCUGUGGUAGAGCUUAUUGGUGCUGCUAAAGCCUUGCUUGCAUGGUUGGACAGGACCCCAUUUACAGGUAUUGCUGACUUUUCAUCAAUGAAGAACAGAAUCAUUCAGCUCUGCUUGGACCUCACUACUACUGUUCAAAAGGAUUGCACUGUGGCUGAUAUGGAAGAUAAAGUCCAGACUGUAGCCAAGACUUUAAAUGGUAUUUGUGAUAAAGCCAUCCGAUCAGCUACAGAUCCAUUGAUGAGCCAGUGUGCCUGUCUGGAGGAGGUUCAUUUAACCAACAUUAAACCUGGGGAAGGCCUGGGAAUGUACAUCAAAUCAACUUAUGAUGGAUUGCAUGUAAUUACUGGAACUACAGAAAACUCCCCUGCUGAUCGCUCGAAGAAGAUUCAUGCUGGUGAUGAAGUGAUCCAGGUUAAUCAGCAAACUGUGGUUGGAUGGCAACUAAAAAAUCUGGUGGCAAAGUUGCGAGAGAAUCCUGCUGGAGUUAGGCUGCUGCUUAAGAAACGUCCUACUGGUUCUUUCCAUUUCACUCCCGCUCCGCUAAAGAACCUGCGCUGGAAACCACCCUUGGUGCAGACCAAUCCUCCACCAACUUCAACUCAGUCACCAGAAAGCACUGUGGAUACCUCACUGAAGAAAGAGAAGCCAGCCAUUCUGGAUCUGUACAUACCACCUCCACCAGCUAUUCCAUAUUCUCCUCGAGAUGAAAAGGGGAGUUUUCUGUAUGGAGGAGGCAACAAACGCGGCCAGCCACUACCUGGGUCCAAGGGCGCCGAGUCUCCCAAUUCUUUUCUGGAUCAGGAGAGUCGAAGGCGAAGGUUUACAAUUGCUGAUUCAGAUCAGUUGCCUGGGUAUCCCAUGGAAGUAAAUAUCCUACAAGCUAAGAUGAGGGAAAAAACACAGUCCUAUGGAAAACCUCGUCCUUUGUCAAUGCCUGCUGAUGGAAGCUGGAUAGGAGCUUCAGAACCCUUUUCUAGGCCACGAGGACCAGGGAGAAAAGCAUUUAUCAGUGUGUCUUUGAAGCCAUUCAUGGAAGCCGAUGGCAAUGCUCUCGUUCCUUUGCGUCAGAAGGCAAAAAAGAAAAGUCAAGGGUUCUUUAUUAUGAGCCGACGGAGGAUAUCGUGCAAAGAGCUGGGGCAAGCUGAUUGCCAAGGAUGGCUCUACAAAAAGAAGGAAAAAGGAGCAUUCAUUGGCAACAAAUGGAAAAAGUUCUGGUGUGUGCUAAAGGAGUCAUCACUGUAUUGGUACAGCAGUCAGCUGGCUGAAAAAGCAGAAGGAUUUAUCAGACUUCCAGAUUUCAGUGUGGACCGAGCAAUUGAAUGCAAAAAAAAGCAUGCUAUUAAGAUCAGCCACCCACAGAUCAAGACAUUUUAUUUUGCGGCAGAAAACGUUCUGGAAAUGAAUACGUGGCUAAGUAAGCUGGGGAUGGCUGUAGACCCUCAGACACCAAAUGGGAAGAAUGAGGAAGAAUGCUACAGUGAAAGUGAACACGAUGAUCCAGAAAUAACAGACAUGCCACCUCCUCCCUACACAGUCCAGCCAACACCUCCUUCUUCGGAUUAUCAGAAGUCAUCUUUCACCUCAACUCUGUCAAGUGAAGCAUCUUGUUCUCUCUCUUCUCCUGAAAGCACUUUCAACUCCCAAGAGUCAUCAUCUUCCUUGACAUCGAAAGUGGUUUAUUCUGAGAGGCAGUCCUGGCUUGACCUAGUUAACAGCUCUGCCACAGAAGAGGGUGAUCAGCCUUUAACUUUCUGUGUACACAUUCACUCUGAUGAGCCACCAGAAGUAAUCUGUGGAGAAGCACCAGAAAACGAGGAAGGACGGCUUUCCCAAUUCAAUGGUGGAUCCCAAAACUCUUACUUAAGUCCAGAUACACAUUGUCUAGCUGUACCAGAUGCACCAGGACAACAAUCACUAGCCAAAGAGCAGGAAAAAUGUGAUGAUGAUGAGAUGGAGCGACUUUACAAGUCAUUAGAACAAGCAAGCCUGUCUCCCAUUGGUGAUCGUCGGCUGUCAACGAAGAAGGAGCUUAGGAAGUCAUUUAUCAAACGCAGCAAAAACCCCUCCAUUAAUGAGAAGCUCCACAAAAUUCGAAUGCUGAACAGCACAUUAAAGUGUAAGGAACAUGACCUGGCCACAAUUAACCAGUUGCUAGAGGACCCAAAGUUGACAGCAAUGAAGUACAGAGAGUGGAGGAGCACAAACAUUAUGCUGGUCCAAGAUAUUUAUCAGCAGCAGGAGGUCCGGGAUGUGUCUGCAGAGAACAGUGAGGAGCAAGAGAUGACUCCACAGCCUGUCACUGAAAGUGCUAUCUGA